AUGUAUGUUUAAAUGGCGAGUAAGUGUGUAAUGCACAUUUCUGAAAGCAUGCACACUGAGAUGUGUUGCCCCUAUAUCCACAUAUUUGAUGAGAGACAUUUGGUUGGGAGGGACUUAAUUCAACAAUAAACUGAGAAGUUUUUCAGUCAGAGCUUGCUGUUAUUCUGCCAGACGCACUUCGCUGACUCCAGGUGUGUAGGAAUAUUCACAUUUAUUCUGAAUUAGUUUUAAAGUUUUUAAGUCUAGGAAAUUAAAUAUAGUAGCUGUUUAUAUAAAAAUAUGACAAGGUGUGUUUUUUAAGAAGUGUUUAGUAAAAAAAAAUGAAAAAAAAAAAAAAAAAAAAAAAAAAAAAAAAACAUUAUUCUUAGAAUGUAAAGAAUGAUUUUGUUGCAGGCAAAUAACAGUUGACAUCUUCAGUGAGGUUCAGUCCAGCAGCAGUUAUAGAUUACAACAGACUGGUGAAGGUCUUCUGUGAAGUGGACACAUUUAGUCCAACAAUCACCAUGGAUUCCAGACAGCCGAUUCUUCCACCACAUAAACCAACUCUGAUUCAUGAAGGUUCUCCAAAACGAUACCGUCUAUAUACAGUGAAAAAAGUGCUUGAUGAUAAUGGAAAAGUCAGAAAAUGGACUUAUGGGAUGAAAGACAGUAGCAAACCAAACAAAAUUGUUCUGCUGGUGGGAGAAACUGGCGGUGGUAAGACGACUCUCAUCAACAGCAUGGUCAACUACUUACUCAAAGUGAAGUUUGAGAAUGAAAUAUGGUAUGAAAUAACAGAAGAAGAAGCCAGAGAUCAGUCAGAAUCACAAACCUCUGAAAUCACCAUGUAUGAGGUCUUUCGUGUAAAGAGUCCCAUAUCUCUCACCAUCAUUGAUACUCCAGGCUACGGAGACACUAGAGGACUGGACAAAGAUCUGGAAGUUGCUGAAAAUUUAGCCACUCUGUUUCAAAGCAAUGAUGGAGUUCGUGAAGUCGACGCCGUGUGUUUUGUGAUUCAAGCGUCUAAGAAUUGUCUCUCACACAGAUAGCAUUACAUUAUCAGUUCAGUUCUGUCUUUGUUUGGUAAAGACAUUGUGAACAACAUUGUGUUUUUAAUCACACACUCUGAUGGUCUGCCACCCAAAAACAUCCUUGGCGCCAUUAAUAAAGCUAAAAUCCCCUGCAGACGAGACAAAAGCGGCCAACCUGUUCAUUUCUUAUUCAACAACCGGCAGGCAGAUGCACGUCAAAAUGAGAGACGCUAUCUUCGUGCUCAAAGAGAUGCCUGGGAAGACAGUGUGGAAGAGAUGAAGAAAUUUUUUCAGUCUCUGCAUGAAAAGAACAGAAGAAGUUUAGAGUUGACUUCAGAUGUCCUGAUGCAGCGAAUUCAGUUUGAAGCAUCCAUCUGCAACUUACAGCUGCGAAUUCAAGAGAUGGAGCAAAAAAUGGCAGAAAAACUUCAGAUUCAGGAGGCAAUGGUGCAAAACAAGGAAAAGAUUGAGGAGUGUACAAACUUUACCAUUAACUUCAAAAAGACUGUGAAACUGAAGGUGCCCAUUGAGGACGCAUCAUGGAAGCACAGGAAGGCGACGACCUGCACCUUCUGUGAGGAGAACUGCCAUGAGUUUGGCUGCUGGUGGGCUACUGAUCCCAGCAAAUGUGAAAUCAUUAAAAAUGGCUACUGCACCGUGUGCACAGGGAAGUGUCAUCAUAGCAAACACGUCAAAGAAAACAAGAAAUACAUCAUCAAAAACUCCACCAUAAAGAUAGAAUUUGACAACUUGAUAAAAGAAUAUGAAAAAGUUGAAGAAGAGUCCAGGAAGUUUUCAGUUAUAAAGGAUAGACUUGACCGAGAUCUGCAGGAUAUUGAGGACCAAAAGUCAAUUCUUCUGUUCAAUGCUUACAGGACUAUCAAGAAUCUGUCUCAGAUCGCAUUAAAACCAGACUCUGCCCUCACUCUUCAGCAUCUCGACUUCUUCAUCCCCAGAGUAAAGGAGGCUGGGAAAGAAGAAUGGGUGCGAGAGCUGGAGGAAAUGAGGAGAAAAGCUGUAGAAGAGGAAGCAAAUAAAGACACUCUGAGUUAUCUUCAGGCAGGUCUGGCAAAACUAGAUAUUUUUUUUAGUGGGCAAUGAAAAAAUGCAGACAGGACAACUGAUUAAUCAAUGACAAUGAAGAAAACUUCCAUUGAAAAAUAAAUUCAGGAGACUCUCUGUAGAUCUGAAGAUAAUAAUGUUCAUUUAACUAUACUAUCACGUUAACGUUUAUCCCCAUUUUCAGUGUUUAUAACUAGGCAAGCUUGAUAACAUUUUAAU